AUGGCGGCGCCACAGAGCAAGAAACGAAAGUUUAUUUCGCUGGAGCAGAAAGCAGAAAUAGUCGCCGCGGCAGCAGCAGGAAGGAAAAAGGGAAGCAUCGCAGACGAAUAUGGUAUCUCGCCAAGCUCCCUGUCGACGAUACUUAAGUCCGAGGCGAGCAUCUCGAAGGCGCUAGCGUCGGGCACAUCUGCUCAACGCAAGAAGACAACUCAGCCAGUCCAUGAAGACCUGGACAAGGCAGUUUAUGCCUGGUUUUGUGAAAUGAGGGCUAAGAAGAUACCGAUCAGCGGUAACAUGAUCCAACAGAGGGCGCUCAACUACGCCUGCAUUUUAGGCAUCGAAAACUUCAAGGUGCUGUGCGGAGAGUCCGGUUCUGCAGACUCUGACGGUGCAUCAUCGUGGAUCGCGACGAACGCUGCCAGCAUGGUAGAGAAGUACCCAGCCUCCGACGUAUACAAUGCGGACGAGACCGGGCUUUUCUAUGAAAUGCUGCCAGCAAAGACGCUCGACUUCAAGGGGAAACAGUGCCACGGAGGGAAGCAGAGCAAAAAGCGAGUCACCGUUUUUCUCUGUCCAAAUAUGGACGGGUCCGACAAGCGGCCCCUUUUCGUCGUCGGUAAGAGUGCCAAGCUGCGGUGCUUCAAGGGCACGAAAAACCUGCCAGUGAAGUACGUCGCGAACAACCGUUCGUGGAUGAUGCGGGCCAUUUUCACUGACUGGCUCGUUGCGUUCGACAAUGACAUGAAAAGACAAAACCACAGUGUUUGCUUGCUGCUGGAUAAUUGUUCAGCACAUCGCCUGGACGGCAACGUCAAGCUGACGAACGUUGAGGUGAAGUUUUUUCCGACCAAUUGUACGUCGCUGAACCAGCCUUUAGAUGAAGGCGUGAUUAACAGCUUGAAGCACGCAUACCGGUCAAGGCUUAUUCAGCGAAUCCUCUUGAACAUCGAGCAUGGCCGUGACACCAAAGUCGACUUGUUCAUGGCUGUGCAAAUGUUGGCCGCCGCAUGGAUGUUGACGCGGCGUGAAGUUGUAAAGAACUGUUUCGCGCACGCGGGGUUUCGGCCCGAAGAGAUGUCCUUGGCCAGUCCAAGUGAUGAUGCACAAGCUGCUGACGACGACGACGUUGUACAGGGGCAAGACGCGGCAACUGCCGCAGCAUGGACACCUCUCGAGGAAGCCGGCAUUGUUCCCGAGCACGUAGCGCUGAGCGAUUACGUGAAUGCCGACGCGGACGUGAUCGUCUACGAGGAGCUGAGCGAUGCCAAAAUCCUCAAGAGUGCUCGUGGCGCCGCCGCCGCCGAUUCAUCUGACGACGAAGAAGUCGCGCAUGGUGUUCCGACGGUCCCGACGCCAGUGACUGCAUCGCAGGUCAUGGACUCCUUGGACAUAAUACGUAGUUUUCUUGGCGCCCAUGACGACGAUGUCGCCAUGCAGCUCCUCGCAGAUUAUGUCAUCUCCAGGAAGGCAGGGGUAGACAGCCACUGUGGAGGCCUUCAUAAAGAAGUGGUUGCCAGGCUCCGCUGA